CUUAUAUUCUGAAUAAUAUUUAUCUAAUGGAUUUCUUAUUUAAAGGAUAUAAUUUCUUUCCACAACCGAAACAACAAAUUGCUGAAGAAACAAUUAUAAAGCUAUGCGACAAACUAGAACAUGCAACAUUGUUAGAAGAUAGAAGAGCUGCAGUUCUUGGAUUAAAAGGAUUUAGUAGGGAAUAUCCUGAGACUGUUAUUGCGGGAAGUUUAAAAGGAUUAAUUCAAAGUUUGAGAAAGGAUCAGCAAGAUUCUGAUAUAUUAAAAAUUACUCUUGAGACAAUUGUUAUUUUAUUUGAUAGUCAUCAUUCUAAUUGUAAUAAUGAUACAUCUCUUUGGCUUGCAGAUGAAUUUGUUCUUAGAAAUGAGAAUUUUGAGAUUCUUUUAGAUAUAUUAGAAGAUACAGAGUUUUAUGUCCGUUUUUAUUCUGUUAAGAUUAUAUUAUUUAUUGUUAAAUAUCGUUUAAUUGAAGUUCAAGAAUGUAUGUUUUUAAGUCCUGUUGGAAUAUCUCGAAUUAUUGCUCUUCUUGAUGAUAAAAGGGAUGCUAUUAGAAAUGGUGUUAUCUAAAUAUUUUUUAUAUGUUUUUUUCUUACAUUAGUUUUUUGUUUUCAGAAGCUAUUUUGCUCUUAACUUCUAUUUCUAAUGAUAAUAUUGAAUUGCAAAAAAGGGCUGUUUUUGAAAAUGUGUUUGAUCGUAUUUUAACUAUUAUACAUAAUGAAGGAGGUCUUUUGUAUGGGAAUCUUAUUGUUUUUGAUUGUUUGGUUUUAUUGCAGAAUCUUGUGCGUUAUAAUUAUAGUAAUCAAAAUUGGUUUCGAGAAAUGGGUUUUUUUAGUAAAAUAAAAGACUUAUUAGAUGAGGUUUUCAAUGCAGAUAAAAUUAAGAUGUUGCAAGAAAAGCAAAAACUUGCUAAUAUUUCUGCUGUUUUGGAGUUUAUAAGAUUAUUUGUUCCUAAAGAAACUUUGGGGAAUACUCUCAAUCAAAAUGCUAUUCUUAAAGAAGGCGUUUUCGUUAGAAUAAUAGAAUUGUCUUUUUCAUUUGAUGUACCAUUUACACUUCAAGCAGAGGCAGUAAAAACAUGUGGUUAUCUUAUUAAAGGGAAUAUAGAUAGUCAAAAAUUUUUUUCAAAGAGUUUUUUAUCUUUGAACAAUAUGCAGUUUUCUACUGAGUCCGAAUAUAUUAUUGUACAGCAUUUAUUUUCUAUUGCUCUUUUUUCCUUUAAAUCUAAUUUUUCUUUGAGAUUGGCCUGCUGUCACUUUCUUCAAUCUUACAUUUGUUGUAAUUCUUCAAAACAAAUUGAUAUUUUGAUUUAUAUUAUUGAUAUGUUUAAAAAGAAUGAUUGCUCUGAGUCUCAUUUAUGUAAUCCUUUAACUAUUAUCUUAGUAUUUAACCAAGGACAAAAAUCUGGCUUUCAAAUUUGGUUUUCAUGUGUUAUGUUAAUGCAUAUUAUUGAGGAGAAUCUUGAAGCAAAAAAACUUAUUAGGGAAAUUGUUAUAGGUGAUUCUAGUUUAGGAGAAGAGCCUGUGUCAUGUAUUCAGAUAAUAUCUGCCAAUUUAGUCAGUUCUUUGGGUUAUUCAUCUGAAUAUCGAGCAAGCAUUGCAUAUUUUAUGUUAUUGAUAUUUUGGCUUUUUGAUGAUAAUGAAUCUGUUUCUGAAUUUCUUAAUGAAGGGAGCACUGUUCAAUAUUUAGUUUCAGUUCUUCAGAAUUCAAAAAUAGGAAUAAUAUUGCAAGGUCUUGCUGCAAUCCUUUUGGCUAUUGCAUAUCAUUUUACAGAUGAAUUAUCUGCUAUACCUAGAGAAUUAUUAAGGCUUCUUAUUGACCGCAUUGGACGUGAUUCUUUUGUUAAUCGAAUUAUUCAGUUUAAAGAACAUCCUCAGUUAAGAGAUUGCAUGUUACUGAACUAUAAAGAAAAUAUGGAUGACAUAUAUUUUGAAGAUACAUUUAUUACUUUUUUUAGAGAUAAUUAUGGAAUAAUUCGAAAAUCUAUAGAUAAGGAUCCACACUUGUCUCUACAAACUAAAAAAAUUAGUAUUGAAAAUGAAGAAUUAUCUAAGAAUAAUGCUUUCUUGGUGAAUGAGCUUGAAAGCAAAGAACUUAAAUUACAGUUAUUACAAAAAGAAAAGGAAAAUUAUAUUCGGGAACAGAAUACAAAAGUUGAAAAUCUUGUAACGGAGUUAGAAGUAGGAAAACAGAAUGUAGAUAACAUGGAAAAACGACUUAUUCAAAAGAGUAGUGACUUUGAUUCUAAUUUAAAAAAGUUUCAAGAAGAAAUUAAUAACUUGUUACUUGAGAAAGAAGAUCUUUCUUUAUCUUUAGAAGAUGCAAGGAAAGAAUUAGCUAAUAUUGUUGAAUUGAAGGAAAAGGAUGCUGAAGAUUUUGCUGUUAUUAUUAAUGAUCUUAAAAAGGAUCUUAUCUAUUAUCGUGAAUUAUCUUCUGAGGUCUCGGAUUUGAAAUCUCUUAGAGAUUCGUUGCAGCUGCAAUUAUCUCAAGAAAAAAUGUCUCUGGAAUCUUUUAAAAAUGAUUUUCUUCAAUUAAAAAAACAGGAAUGUAAGUUAAUGGAUGAAAUAUUAGAGUUAAAGGAUCAGAAAAAUGAGUUUGAGAGGAAACUUAAAGAAAUUGAUGAAUCAUGGUUGUUGGUAGUAGAAGAACUUGAAGAAAAAAGAAAAAGAGAUAAAUGUCGUUUAAAAGAAUUAGGUGACAUAGUAUCAGAAACCGAUAAUGAAAGUCAAGAUGAUCAGUGAGAAUAGGCAUAAUGGAAAAAUACUUUAAAAUAAUAGUGGAUCAUGAAAUGGCAUUGAAUUUGGUAGGAUGAAUACUAUAUUAGAUAGGAAUUACAUGUAAAUAAAUUAAGACAAAUCAUUUUGUUCUUUAAUACAUUUGGCUAUAUUCCAAUAUUGGUAUGCUUUUCCUUUUUCUAAGACAUCUUUUACUGUUUUAUCAUCAGAGCAGCUUCUAAAUUUCCAGGUUCUGAAAUUCCUAUUACGCAGUUCUCCUUCCCAAAUUAAUUCGCACUUGUUUUUAGAAUAAUCUACUAAUGCGUGUUCAUCUUGUUUCAUUAGUUGAUUAUCAAAUGGGAUUGUGGAUGAAAUUGGUAUAUCAGUCCAAUUAAUGCGACGAAGCAUCAAAUCUUUGAAACGUUUAAUGCCUUUUGAACCGCCUUCAACUAUAACUAAAUUGAAUUUUGGAUGCAAUAUUGUUAUUCCUGUGAGACCAUGUUGUUCCGCAUUUUUGUCGAUUUUAAAUCUAUGCUGUCCAUGAGAUAAAUAUUCAACUCUUCAUAUAUAUUAAAAAGGUAUAAUGAUUGAAAAUUUAAAUUACCUGAAAACAUUACAGUAUAUUCCACGUGAUGCAUUUUCUGCUUUUUUCAUUCUUAGUUUUUCACGUUUCUGAUUAGGUGUUAAUUUUCUCUUAUUAUUUUCUUGUUCGUGUUUUUCUUUUCUUUCUGCAACCUGACGUCGUACCAUUGCUUCAACUCUUGUUGGAUUUUUAAUUGCUUCGCUUGUUAAUACUCUCAUAAGGUUCGAUAGUUUUACUAAAUAGAUUAUCAAAAAUAUUUAAUAGUUGAGUAACACACCUUUAGGUGGCUCUGGUUCUUCUAAUCCUAAGCGUUGUUUAUCUUGUUUCAUUUUUAAAUCUUCUGCUCUUCUUUGACGUCUUGAUUUCCGCCUUUCUUUUUCUGUUAACAUGAGAGCUUUUGGAGGGGGUUGAUUUUUUUCAAAUGGAGGUGGUAUUGGUAUAGGAUGUUGAAUAUAGAGAGAAAUAAUUGAAUCUGGAGUAUCAAUUUUUGAAAGACCAAUAUCGAGAUCGUUGUAUGAUUUAUUUGUUACGAGACUUUCAUCCCACCAUUCAAUAUCUGGUGGUGCUUCUU